AUGGCGCUAUUUCCCGACGGCACUCUGCUGAGCUGGCAGCUCGUCUUGGCUCUCGGCUUUGACCACGUGUACAGCUCACCGCUCUUCCUCUCCCUGCUGCUGCUGCUCGCCGCCUCCCUUGCUGCCUGCACGUCAGUGCGCCAGCUGCCCAUGCUCAAGGUCGCACAGAGGUGGUCCUUCAUCCAACGGCCGGAAUCUCUCCGCCAGAUGGACUUCUCGGAUUCGCUGGAGAGGGCGCAGAUUGCUGACCUGGCAACGCUGCUCAUGCGCAAGGGCUAUCAGGUCUUCCAGAAGGGACCAGCUAUGUACGCGUUUAAAGGCCUGGUGGGGCGACUAGCCCCCAUAGGCGUGCAUGCUGCGCUGCUAUUGGUCAUGGCCGGGGGGUGCUACAGUGCGCUGGGGGGUUUCCAGGGAACUACCCUCACGCCGCAAGGGUUAGACGUGGUCGUUCCCUCCGCGCUCCAGGGCAACAGCAUCUUUGCCCGGCCUACCACCGCAAUGAACAUGCUUGUGCAUGUGAAUCGGUUUUACAUCGAGUAUCGACCGAAUGGCGAGGUGAAGCAAUUUUUCUCAGACCUGUCAGUGACUGACCUCUAUGGCCGGGAGCUUCAACAAAAGACCAUCAGUGUAAACGAUCCCCUGCGCUGCCAGGGAGUCACCAUGUACCAGACCGACUGGGCGAUCUCGGCCGUCCAGCUGCGAUCCGACGGUGGAGAGCCCUUCAAGCUGCCCAUGGCGUCGCUCCAGGAGCCAGGCAGCAGCCAGAAACUUUUCGGGACGUUCUUGCCGACGGGGGAGGAGGAGAAUGCAGAGGGAGGAGAAGCAACCACCACGGGCAUAAGCAUAUUGGCUCGCGACCUUCAGAACGUGGUGAUAUACGACUCAAAGGGCGAGUUCGUGGGGGUGAGGCGGCCGGGAUCGAACCGGCCAAUCACAGUGGAGGGAAGGAAGCUUGUAAUCGAUGAGCUGAUAGGCAGCACGGGGCUGGAGCUAAAGAUGGACCCUGGCGUGCCCUACGUGUAUGCUGGCUUCGGUGCUCUCAUGCUCACCACUGCCAUCAGCUAUCUCUCGCACUCUCAGGUGAGCCGCUUCCCAUUCUCCCUCCUCUCUUCUUCUCUCCCACUCUUUGGCGCUCUCAUGCUCACCACUGCCACCAGCUGUCUCUCGCACUCGCAGGUAAGAUGGUUUGGCAUGACAUGA